AUGAAGUUAAACCCUUCGGUGCCACUGGAGACACAACUUCGGAAUUUUGAACGCAAAGUAGACUUUAUGGAGAUGCGACAAUAUGAGAAUCCGCUACAAGUAUACCGCAAUCAUGCGGACGCACCACGCUGUCCUAAGUUACAGAAAGCAACCAUAGGGGGUGCGCCACUACACCGUGUAUCAGCUGUGGGUACAUCCACGCGUACACAACAGGCGCCGGGUAAUAACUUCCGCCUUCGAGUUAAUCUAGUGGAUGGGAAUGAUCAGAUUCCUGAUCCUACGCCAGCGGAGGUAGGUGAGAGUGAGGUGAUGCAUAUUCAUGAUUUGGUCGACAAGUCAUAUGUAGACAGCGAAGAUGAGUUGAUGGAGACCGAGCAAGGGCCAGCCAAUUGGGAAGAGGAGAUAAGCUCGAAUUGA